AGAGAGAAACAGAGAGACAGAGAGAGAGCGAGACAGAGACACAGAGAGAGAAACAGAGAGAGAGAGAGAAAGAGAGAGAGAAAUUAUUUUUUAUAUAUCUUUAUAUAACUAAUUCCUGCAUUCUUCUAACUCUGAACCUGUUUACCGUUUCGACCUCGCUGGUUGCACAGUAAUGGAAUUUAGACGCUCGCACUUUUGAUUGGUUCAUUGAUCAGCGCAUGAGCCAAUCAGCGUCCAGAGAAUUUUUACACAAAACGCUGUGAACAGAAGUCACCCUUUUCGCUUCUUUUGAAGAGUUUAUCGAGGAGGAAGUACCUCAGCGACAACGCCUGGUUUUACCGCCUGAAGCGCGCCGGCCAAGUCACCGCGUAAGUCAGGGUAGGAGCGGAAAGUACCACACAGCCGAGUAUUCAGCCCCUUAUGCUCUUAUUACUCGGAGAUUUUAUUAGACGUAAGACCCUGGAGCUGUACAGAGGCUGUCUCUCUCUCUGGGACAUGAGUAAGUGAUGUUUUUGGAGCGCAGAGUGAGGAUGAGGAUGAGCGCUUGGGGACUGCAGGUGCUCGCGCUGGGCGUUGCGCUGCCGUGGCUGUGGCUCCCUUCACCUGCACGCGCACAGUCUCCGGAUAGCAAACAAGCCAUGUGUUCAGGCACUCAGAACAUGUUGAGUAUGACAGGAAAUUCAGACCUGCAGUACCAGCAGAUGAAGGAGAUGUACACCGGCUGCCAGAUCGUCAUGAGCAACCUUGAAAUCACUCACAUGGAACACUCCCGUGAUUUCUCUUUCCUGAAAUCUAUUCGUGAGGUUACAGGUUACGUUCUAAUAGCUAUAAACCAGUUCCAACACCUACCUUUGGAGCAGCUACGUGUGAUCAGAGGAACGUCACUGUAUGAAGGGCGCUUUGCUCUUUCUGUCUUACUAAACUACCAGAAGGAUGGAGGUUACGGGAUAAAGGAGCUUGGCCUUACACAUCUGACAGAAAUUUUGGAAGGGGGCGUACAGAUCAUCAAGAAUGAGUUCCUGAGCUAUGCACCACAGAUCAACUGGCUGGAUAUUGUAAAGGACAGCGGAGCCGAGGUCAUCAUUCAGGACAACGGACCAGAGCUUCCAUGUCAUGAAUCUUGUGACGGACAAUGCUGGGGUCCAGGCAGAGACAGCUGUCAGACUUUGACUAAACUGGUGUGUGCACCUCAAUGUAAUGGCCGCUGUUUUGGCCGAAGCCCCAGUGAAUGUUGCCACAUCGAGUGUGCAGGAGGCUGCACGGGGUCACAAGACACCGACUGCUUUGCCUGCAGGAAUUUCAACGACACUGGCUCCUGCGUGCCUCAGUGUCCACAGGGUGUGAUAUACAAUAAAAUGACGUUUAAACUGGAGCCGAACCCAAAUGAGAAAUAUCAGUACGGCUCAGUCUGUGUAGCCCAGUGCCCCCCUAACUUUGUGGUAGACGGAUGUUCAUGUGUUAGCAACUGCCCUUCGGAUAAAACGGAGGUGGACAAGAAAGGAGUGAAAAGGUGUGAACCAUGUGGUGGCCUCUGUCCAAAAGUGUGUGAAGGUACUGGCUCACCCACCAGGCAGACAGUGGACUCUCAGAACAUAGACAGUUUCAUAAACUGCACUAAAAUUCAAGGCAGCCUUCAUUUCCUCAUCACAGGCAUUAAAGGUGAUCCAUAUAACAACAUCUCAGCUCUUGACCCCAAGAAGCUCAAAAUCUUCAACACUGUUAGAGAAAUCACAGAUUUUCUGAGCAUUCUGUCAUGGCCUGAAGAGAUGGAAGAUUUGUCAGUGUUCUCCAAUCUAGCAACGAUACAAGGCCGAAAUACUUACAAAGGAGUGAGGAAGACAAGGGGCUACUCUCUGCUGGUGAUGAGACUACCUACACUGAAAUCGUUGGGUCUGCGCUCUCUGAAGAAGAUCAAUUAUGGUGGCAUCUAUAUAGCACAGAAUUCGCAGCUGUGCUACCACUAUACCGUAAACUGGACGCGCCUGUUCGGCCAACGUCCCCAGCGCCAGCUGAAAGCCCUUGACAUCAGAGAUAACCAGCUUCAAGACGAGUGUAUCAAGGAGGGCCGCGUGUGUGAUCCACUAUGUUCGUCUGAUGGCUGUUGGGGUCCAGGGCCAGACCAGUGUCUCUCUUGUAAGAAUUACAGCAGAAAAGGAACCUGUGUGCCACACUGCAACUUCUUAGAAGGGGCAAAGAGGGAGUUUGCCGGGCCAAAUGGAGAGUGUAUGCCAUGUCACUCCGAGUGUGCGGUGCAGGAGAACAGACACACCUGCAGAGGACCGGGGGCAGAUCAGUGUGAAGUGUGUGCAAGUCUGCAAGAUGGGCCACACUGUGUCUCUUCAUGCCCACAAGGAGUUAUGGGAGAAAAGCGGGUUGUCGUUUAUAAAUUCCACGACACCCAAAGAAAAUGCCAGUCCUGUCAUGCCAACUGCACUCGCGGAUGCUCUGGACCAAGUUUGAGAGACUGUGUGGAAUCCCCCAAGAGAGCAUCAUCUGGGUUGCCAGUGAUUGCCAUUGUCUUGGGUGCUAUAGCUUGUGUGCUGGUGGGAUUCUUUGUGUUUGUGAUGGCUGCUCUAUAUCGCCGCAGUCUGGCCAUCCGACGCAAACGUGCCAUGAGGAGAUAUCUCGAGAGUGGAGAGCGUUUUGAGCCAUUGGAUCCUGGGGAGAAAGGGACAAAAGUUCACACUCGCAUUCUGAAACCGUCUGAAAUCCGAAAGCUCAAACCUCUGGGUACAGGAGCGUUUGGUACUGUCCACAAGGGUGUGUGGAUUCCAGAAGGAGACACAGUAAAGAUUCCUGUGGCAAUAAAGACUAUUCAGGAUUGCACUGGUCGACAGACUUUCCGGGAACUUACAGAUCACAUGUUGACGAUGGGCAGUUUGGACCACCCCUACAUUGUGCGGCUCUUAGGCAUCUGUCCAGGUUCCUGUUUGGAGCUGGUCACUCAGUACAUGCCGCAGGGUUCCUUACUGGAACAUAUCAGGCAGCGGAAGGACAAUCUCAACCCACAGAGGCUGCUCAACUGGUGUGUACAGAUCGCCAAGGGUAUGUAUUAUCUUGAAGAGCAGAGGAUUGUGCAUAGGAACCUAGCUGCCCGGAACAUCCUUCUCAAAAGUGACUUCAUGGUCCAAAUUGCCGACUAUGGCAUUGCUGACCUGUUUUACCCAGACAACAAGAAAUGUUUCUACGAAUUGAAGGUUAACCAGACACCAAUCAAGUGGAUGGCCCUUGAGAGUAUUUUGUUCCGCAAAUAUACGCAUCAGAGUGAUGUGUGGAGCUAUGGUGUAACUGUCUGGGAGAUGAUGUCAUAUGGGGCAGAGCCUUACGCUGCGAUGAAACCACGGGAAGUGCCAGAUUUGCUGCAGAAGGGAGAGCGUCUGUCUCAACCUCAGAUCUGCACGAUUGAGGUCUAUAUGGUUAUGGUCAAAUGCUGGAUGAUUGACGAGAAUGUUCGGCCAAGUUUCAAAGAGUUAGCCAGUGAGUUCAGCCGGAUGGCUCGAGACCCACCCCGGUACCUUGUCAUCAAAGGGGAGUGCACUGCUCCUGACCUUGCCUCUGGUGAGUCACAUCAUCCUGGCACUCAAGUAGACAUUCUGGGUGUGGGGCUGGAGGACCAAGAGGAUGAGGCACUGGAAGAUGGCAUGACCACACCUCCUGUGUACCUCACACCAUCGAGAAGUCUCUCUAGAUUGCGUGUGGAUACCAACAGGGCCAGUUUCACUCCUGCUGGUUACCUCCCAAUGACCCCUAGUGUAGAGGGCUCUAUGCAGACGGUGUGGCCACCGCGUUCACGCCUCAACUCUACACGCACUAUUUCCGGGAGUUCAGAGGGGCAUGGCACCCUGGUAGAACUGGAGAUGAAUGAAGACGCACUGUUGGCUGGCAGCCUAAGAGCUGUCCAACGUCGGGAGGACAGUGCCUACAUUUCUCAGAGGGACAGCCUAUCAGGCCCUCCGGACACACCCAUUCCUGACACACCGUCUCCGUGCACUGAGGGAAAAGAAGACCAAAAUGAAUAUGUAUUGCCAGGUGACAGUUCAGAUAGAGACACACUGUGUUCUGUACCUUCCCGUGUGACAUUGUCUAAUGGGAGGUUAUCUAUGGGUCAUUCACGUGAACUUUUAGAGGAGCAUGACAGUGGUGAGGAAGCAUAUGAAUACAUGAACAAUCAAAACCUCCCCCUCAGACACACCACAGGCCAGUUCCAAAACUGCUGUCAGCUAACAAACCGCAAUUUCAGCAUACACAAACCUCCAAGUGCCAAUCAUAGGUUAUCUAUGGAAGGCACAGAAAGCAGUGGAGGCCUCUCUCAGUCCUCCUUGGAUGAAAGAAGUUGUAGCAAUGCCGAGCUUCCAUCGAGUGAAGCUGAAUAUGCAGAGGCUGACCUAGACCAGGAUCUUCAAUAUGAAUAUAUGGACAUUCGUAGUGGCCCAGGGGUCACGGCACCAAACACUCACCCCAGAAUGGACCUCCUAAGACAAGGAGGCCAUAUUUCUUCCAAGAAAUCUCUUGAGAAAGACGAGUGCGAAGAGGAAGAGUAUCAGUAUACAAACCACCAGCCAAGGUUGAGCCGCUCGCUCAUGGUUCAUGGCAUGAUAGAAGCAGAGGUGUGUGAAUAUGAAGAAAUGGACUCUCGGGUUGCAGGGGGAAACUCUGGAGCUGAAUACCAGAACCUCCAGGAAGCAGGAGAAGAAGAUGAGACACAGGGGCAGCCCCGUCAUGGAGUCAGGCCAUACGUUAAAGGAAGGGGAAAGGGCAAGGACGGGGCAGACAGAUGUUUCGACAAUCCUGACUACUGGCACAGCAGGUUGUUUUCUAAAGCAAAUGCAGUGCGUACAUAAGAUGGGAGAGAGUUAAUGAAAUGAUAAAGAAUACAAUAGUGAAAUUAGGAUGGAACCCGAGUAUAAAGGUUUAGUAAAUAUAGAAUAAAGAAAGAAAAGAAAAAACUAUCAGCAAUACAUAUGACAAUAGUAGCAACACAUACCUAUACUUUUGAAUUCAUUAAAAAAAAUUUUUUGUUAAAACAUAGCAAAGAACUGCGAUACUAGUUAAUGAAUUUUUACAGCCAGUACACUGAUCAUUGUGUACAAACAUAUGAACCUCAGUCACUACUAAACAGCCACUCGGCCUCAGGAUGCAAACCAGUCUUUAUUUUUAACUUCCAGUGAUGAACACAGGUAUUGAUUCUGUGCAAUUGGUUUUGUUUUUUUAAUGAAUCAGUAAGUUUGUUACAGGUGUUUAUUCAGUCUUUUCCAAGUUCAAAAUGGCAGCUUGCAUUGCAUCACAUGACAAAAUUAACAAUGAGUCAGGGAUGAAUGCUUUUUAAUACUAAUUUUGUACCUUAUGUAAAUACAAAAGAACAUGAUGUAUACCUAUGUAGUAUCGUCAUACCAUUAUGUAGCGGUUUGACAUAUCAACAGUAUGUCAAGCACUUAAAGAUUUUGGUAUUUUGUACAUAUUGUAACUGAAAUGUUCAGUUGAAAAGCUUUACUGUUUUGUAUGGCUCACCAGAACCAGGUAUUGUUUUUCUUUUGUUUCUGUAAUUGUGUUUUUUUUUUUUUUUUUUUUUUUAAGUGCUUUUUUAUUACACUAUAGUUUGUGGUGGUGUCAUUUUAUACAUACAGUGUGUCAGAAAUCUGUUUGUACUUCAUAUAUAAAUAUAGAAAUAAAUAUUAUAUUGUUAUAAGUUG